AUGGAAUUUCUGGACCAGUUUGGCCCAGUAACCCCCAAUUUCCCCGGACCAGUUUGGCCCAGUUUGUCCCAGUUUGGACCAGUUUGGCCCAACUUCCCCAGGCCAGUUUGGCCCAGUGUCCCCCAGUUCCCUGGACCAGUUUGGACCAGUUUGGACCUGUUUGGCCCAAUUUCCCUGGCCCAGUUUGUCCCCGUUUGGCCCAUUAACUCCCAGUUCCCUGGACCAGUUUGGCGCAGUAAUUCCCUGAACCAGUUUGGACCAGUCCAGACCAGUUCCCUGCCUUAUACGGGACCAGUUUCCCCCAUUUUCCCUGGACCAGUUUGGCCCAGUAACUCCCAGUUCCCUGGCCCAGUUUGGCCCAGUUUGUCCCAAAUUCCCUGGCCCAGUUUGUCCCAGUUUCCCUGGCCCAGUUUGUCCCCGUUUGUCCCAAUUUCUCUGGCCCAGUUUGUCCCAGUUUCCCUGGCCCAGUUUGUCCCAGUUUGGCCCUGUUUGUCCCAAUUUCUCUGGCCCAGUUUGUCCCAGUUUGGCCCAGUUUGUCCCAGUUUCCCUGGCCCAGUUUGGCCCAGUUUGGCCCAGUUUGUCCCAGUUUCCUUGGCCCAGUUUGGCCCAGUUUGGCCCAGCGUGCCUCAGUUUCCCCUUCCCCAUGACCCCGGGCGGGUGGGGGGGGCUGGGAUCAUCGGGAGCCCCCCCGGCCACGCCCCCUUGGCCAAGCCCCGCCCCUUUCUGCCCCACCCAAUCAAACCCCGCCCCUUUCUGCCCCGCCCAAUCAAACUCCGCCCCUUUCUGCUCAGGCCACGCCCCCACAGCACCCUGGAUGAGGCCACGCCCCCUUUCUUUAAGCCCCGCCCCCCGCGCAGGCCCCGCCCCCCGCAUGCAAAUUUUUACGGGAAUUUCGCUCUUUCCAAUAAAAAAACGCGCGUGAAAACGGCGGAAUUUGGGGAAUUCCGGGAAUUUUGGGGGAUUUUGGGACUCACCCCCCGCCGCCCCGCCUCGCUGUCUCCCGAUUGGCCGAGCGCUCUGUCAAUCCCCCGCCGCGCGCGCUCCCCGCGCGGCGCUCGGUCCCGCCGUCCCCCCGCUCCCAUUGGCCGCGCGGCCCGUCGCUCAGGGCGGGCGCGGCGCUGA